UGCGAUACGAACGAGUGUGACGGUCUCCACCAGCGUAGUCGUCAUAGUUGCAGCAAUACGCGAGCCGCGUCCAGUCUGGUGGUGUUAUUCAAAUGAGAUAUUUUAUUAUUAAUUAUACGCUCGCGCGGUAAAACUUUAUUAGGCAUAAUAUAUUAUAAAAAAGACGCAGUGUGUUGUUAUCGCGUCCGAUUCCGCUUUGCUAUGAUAUUGCAUCUAAAGAUAAUAAUAUAAACAAAAUAGAAGCUAACCGCGUAUAUUAUUACACGAUAUUAUUAUUACCAUGUCUCGUUGAGCCAAAAGAACCGUUCAAAAUUAAAACGCUUAAAGUUUCGGGUAUUGUUUUUUUUUCUCGUCCGACGUCAUAAUAUUUUACACAACGUACCUAUACCGGACGGAAUAUAUUAUAUCAUAAUAUCGAGUGUAAGAUGGACAACGUCGACAACGAUUAUCUGGAUUACCCGUACGACGAUUACAGUAAUAAAAAUGAUCUCUACAUACAGCCAAAUCCUGAAGAAAACACACGCGGGACUGUAUUUCAACAAUCUACUACAUUGACAGCAAAAAUGUGGCCUCCUGAUAUUUCCGGAGGUUUUGAUUGGACCUUGGAUGUUUUAGGAUGGCAAGUAGACAAAGAUCAACUGUCAAUUGUUAUAGUAUGCGCUAUUGUCAUUAUAGUACUUACUUCAAUAACAAUUGUAUUUAUAAUUUGGUAUUGUUGUUUUUGUAAAAAAAAAAAUGUACAAAACAGCUGUGAGGAAGAAGAACAAAGAAGUAAUACCAACAUACCUAGUUACUCCACAGUAUUCCUAGACCCCAAAACUGGAAAUUUUAUUUACAGUAACCGUAUUGUUGAGUUAUUUCCUGAAAGAGAAGGUUCUCCUGAUCAUUGGUUUUUCAAUGAUCAAGGAGAGGAACCUGUAAGUACAAAUACAGUACCACGUUCAGCCUCUGUACCACCAGCAAAACAACUUCAGUCAUUUGAUCCUUGCAUACGUGAAAUAAAAGAAUUUAUUAGCAAUGAAACAUUUGACGUGCCUAAUUUGCAUUAUAUUGACAAUGAGACCCAAAAUGACCCUUGCCAUUUGCCAAACGCUAUACCUCAGAUCUCUGAAUUUAAUCCUCAUCAAUUUACUUCCAGUAGCAUUUUGGAAAAUUGCCAUACAUGUGAUGGAAAAUCUAUAACACUACGAACAAGAAGUCUUCCAACACAUGUGAGAAACAAGAAACGGCCAUUCUCAACAUCUGACAAUUUAUCAGAGCUCUAUGCUAAGGUAAAUUUCAGUAAAAAAAGAAAAAAUCGCAUGAGAAAUGAUGAAGCUGCCAUAAUCGCCAUGAGUAAAUCCAGAAGUCAGUUCCUCAACAACAAAGACACAGAUAUAUUGGUUGACAAUGAAGCAGUUAUUGUUUACGAUGAACGAACUGCUUUAUAAAAUGAUAAUAUUAUGUGAUACAACUGUAGGCUAAUUGCGUUUAGAAUCUUUUAUGUACUAUAUAUAUUGUAAUAAUUGUUUCUAUUAUGAGCGAGGUUAUUGCAAUAAAUAUAAAACAGUAUGAACAUUUAAAAUGCUGAGCGAGAUAAACUAUAAACUGCGUUCCACUAAAAUAUAUGUUGUACUUCAUUAUACAUGGAAUAAUAAUUGUUUUAAAAUACUAUAUAAUAUACUUAUUACACUAAAACAA